UCCCGGGGCAACAGAGGAGUAACACACUAGCUCAUGACAUACCGAGUCAUUCUCGUCCCUUAGAUCACACGUGAUGCUGGACAAGUGUUAGAAUGACUCCGCUGGGUAUAUAUGUGUGUGAGUAGAGCAGUACAGAUGCCAACGCAGUCUUUUUCUCAGACCUCUAGCUCACUUUCUGUUGAGAACAGAAAUACAGCUGCCCAUUGUUGAGUGCUCAGGUCAUCAAUCUAGACUUGUUUGUUAGGGUGGAGCUUCAGGCUUUUGCAGUUUCAACAUCCUUUCCCUUCAUUCGGACCUUAUUUCCUAAGAUAUGGAGGAACAAAAUAAAAUAUUAUCCCGUCCCAUUUUCCGCCGAGAUGUGAGCUGGGAUCCUUUCCCAAACUGGACGCAGCCGAGUCGAAUCUUCACGCAGGACUUUGGCCUUCCUCCUUUCCUGGACCCUGGUGAUCUGGACUGGAUUGACUGGUCCAAGAAGAGACUGGCAUCUUUCUCCUGGCCCGGGUACGCACAAACUCCCCUUCUGCCUCCAUUCAGUGGCCAGCACCAUGCGGCGUUGAACCAAAAGGGCCCGAGAGAACUAGCAAGUGGAGUGUCAGAGAUCCAAACAGGGCAGGACAGCUGGAAGAUCAACCUGGACGUCAAUCACUUCUCGCCUGAGGAAAUUACAAUCACAACCAAGGAGGGUUAUUUGCAAAUAUCAGGAAAUCAUGAAGAAAAGCAGGAUGAACAUGGAUCUGUUUCAAGGUGCUUCACCCGGAAAUACAAGCUGCCAAAGGGAGUGGACUCGCAACACAUCAGCUCUUCGCUGUCCGGUGAUGGAGUUCUGUCCGUAGAGGCCCCCGCUCCAGGGACAUCCAUCAGCAACCCACCCAAUGAGGUUGUGAUACCAGUUCAGAUCAAACAGACGCAGGACGGUGAAAAGUGAAACCAGUAAGCAAGAAUUUGAAACGACAAUCGGAUGUUGCCCAGGUUGCGUAUAGCAACUUUUGCAGCACUGGCAUGAAAGAAGGCAGAACUAGUCUGUUGUAGUGUUUUCCUGCUAUAAACCACUGAUAUUGCAAUGUCAACGGUACAAUAUCAUUACGUUUGGUUUCACAAUUAAAUGCAAACUCAUCAAUAUAAUACAGAAUCAACUCUGAAAAUAAGGAAUUAUUUUCGUUUGUCAUCGCUUAUAAAUGGAUUAGCAUGACCGUGUAGUCCUAACAACAUACCAUCAUGUUUUCAUGCUCUUAUAAUAUCUGAAUUAUAUGAAAAAAUACAAGCUAGGAGUUGUAGGACAAUUAACUAUUUAUAUCCAAACAGCUUAUUUACUUUAUAACAAAAAGGUCACGUUGUGCUUCUGUGUAACAUGGCAAGAUAAUUAAUAAUUGAUUUGGUUUGAUUUUAUUUUGCUUGUGAAGAAAAGAAACAUUGCAAAAAGCUGUAACAUAGAUUCAUUUUGUGUGCUUGUCCUGAAAGUUGUACAUUGAUGUAUUGAUUAACCAGCCUAAUAAAGCUGUCCGAAUAUAUCUGCCAAAAAUGUAUUAAACAGCUUCUGCCAUAUAAAUAAAACAUUUUAAUUGUA